AAUGUUAGAAAUUGAACCAUGCGUUUACCAUCAUUUACCAUGCCUAAGUGACGUACAAUCGAUAACAUGUGUUGUGGUUGAUAAAUUGGAGCAAGAGUUUUAAUGAUUACAGUUUCACAGAAACGUAUAACGUAAUUGGAGCAGAACUAAAAAUUUUAUACAAGUGGACAGUUUUUAGGAUAAUUUUGAAAAAUGCUUAAAUUUCGUGAAUCAAUAUCAGCGUUUGCUGUGCAUGCUAUGAAACGCAAAAAUGCAGAAUUAUCUGCAAACUCAAAGAAAUUAAAGAAAAAACAUAUUCCUGAAAGAAGAAUAAUUUUGAGAAAUGAAACGAAACACGAAAGAAAGGUAAAAACAAAGCAAACAUCUUUACAUGGAAAUUUUGAAGAAGCUGCCAAGUCCUCGAAAGUUCAAACUGUAAAUAAAAAGAACAGUGUAAUAUCUAAGAAACCUAAUCUUUCUGCUGCUAUUCGAAAGAAUAAAUCCAUUCAAAAAACAAUGUGUAAUGGAAAAGAUAAAAAAGUAACAUUACGGUCUGAUACGAAAGGUUUGGAAUCAAAGACCCAAUUAAAGAGUACUGUUUCAGCUUUGAAUACAGGUGUUGCAAAAAUGAAACAUAUUAAAUCAAAACAUCAGAGACAAAGUAAAAAGAAAAAGUUAGCAAACCAAGUCAAUCUACCAUCUAAUUGUACAGAUGUUAAAACCACAGAAGAAAAUCAUGAAAAUCCUUUGAAUACGUGUAGCUCGAUGUUAGAGUGGUUAAUUCAUCCCAUGAAGAUAGAAGACUUUUUUGAAAAAAAUUGGGAACAAACACCUGUUCAUAUAAAAAGGAAUUGCCCCAAUUAUUACAAGUUACUUAUGUCUACUCCAAUGUUGGAUAAAAUAUUAAGAGAUUCUUAUAUUUUGUUCGCGAAAAAUAUCGAUAUUACUUCGUAUGAGAAUGGUGUUCGAGAGACACAUAAUCCCGUUGGACGAGCAAUUCCCAGUGUUGUUUGGGACUAUUAUAUGAAUGGAUGUUCUGUUAGAAUGUUGAAUCCACAGACAUACAUACCAAAAUUACAUUCAUUAAAUGCUACACUUCAAGAAUUUUUUGGUUGUUUUGUUGGUGCAAAUUCUUAUUUAACACCUCCUAACAGUCAAGGUUUCGCACCUCAUUACGACGACAUCGAAGCAUUCAUAUUACAGGUAGAAGGUAAAAAGAGAUGGAGAUUAUACAAACCUCGAAAUGACAAUGAAUACUUGCCAAGGUAUUCUUCAGAAAAUUUCACAGACACUGAGAUUGGAGAACCUAUAUUAGAUACUAUCGUAAGUGCAGGAGACUUAUUGUACUUUCCACGAGGAACGAUACAUCAGGGUGAAACCAUUGACACGCAUAGUCUCCACGUUACUUUGAGUGUUUACCAAAAAAAUAGUUGGGGUGACUUCUUAGAGAAGUUACUUCCAGAUGCUCUACAAACUGCUAUGGAAACUGAUAGCGAAUUUCGAAAAGGGUUACCUCGGGAUUAUUUAAGAUAUAGUGGUUUUGUACAUUCCGAGAAUCAGAGUAACGUCAAAGAAGAGUUCAAGGAAAAAGUUAAAGGUUUACUUAGAAAAUUAAUAGAUUACAUCGAUGUAGAUAAUGCUGCAGAUUUGAUGGCCAAGGGUCAUAUUCACGACUUCUUACCGCCGGUUCUUUCAAAAAGUGAACAAGAAUGUUCGAUUGUCCAAGAUGGCGAACAAAUGACUGCAAAUGGAAUUGUUGAAAAUCGGGUAGAAAUAGAACCUGACACAAGAAUUCGAUUGUUAAGAUCUCAUGGCAUAAGGUUAAUCAAAGAGGAUGACGCAUUUAGAGUAUACUAUUCUAGUGAAAAUUCUAAAGAAUAUCACGAAUAUGAACCACAAUAUUUAGAGGUUAGCGAAGUAUUUGUACCUGCAAUUCAAAAAAUUAUAUUGCAAUAUCCUGAUUUUAUACGUGUAGAAGACUUGCCAAUUGAUGGAGAAGAUAAUAAGAUACAGAUAGUUAAGGAUCUAUGGGAAAAAUGUCUCGUUGUGACAGACAAUCCGCUGUGUACGUUAGAGUAAUUAUAAUUAUUGUUUUUCAAGAAUUUGUACAGAAA